CCAGCGGGAAACAUGGAUCAACUCCAGGAAAAAUCAAAAGGCGGCCGGCCGCGGGAUCCCAUUUGGAAUGAGUUCGAGGUCGUGACUGACCCACAGAAGAAGCGGCUCUGUGCAUGCGUAUGGUGCCGCCAGGAGAUGAAGGGGGAGCCCAAGCGGAUGCUGAUGCACUUGACCAACAAGUGUGUUGGCGUGGACUUCGACACCAAGCAAAAGUACAUUAUGCGCACGACCGAAACCACAAAGCUUCAGCGACCGCCCAAGGACGACAGUGCAUCCCUCCUCAGCCAAGUGAGCCGCAUCGCGCAGAUCGCCGCACCCACCUCACGCAAGAUUGUCAUUGCCGGCGGCAACUUUCACAGCGCCUUCAUCCACUUCGUCGCGUCCCUCACGAACAAACCCCGUCCGCGGGUGUGCUUCUUGCCGACCGCAGCUGGGGACCGAGAUGCCACCAUCAUGACGUUCUAUCAAGACUGCGCGUCCCUCAACGUCGAGCCAUACGUGCAACUUAGCUUCGUCUCGUCCAGCAAGCAACACCAAGGCUUUGACGAGGUGCUGCUGUCCAUGGAUGCCAUCAUAUGCUCCGGCGGCAACACACUGAACCAGCAAGCAAUUUGGCGAGCCCAGGGCAUCGACAUCAUCCUGCGACAAGCAUGGGAGCGUGGCAUUGUCCUUGGUGGCGCCAGCGCCGGGUCACUGUGCUGGUUCGAAGAAGGCACAACCGACGGCCGGCCCAAGGACUUGAGCAUCGUCAAGUGCCUCGGGUUUCUCCAGGGCAGCCACUGCCCCCACUACGACGGCGAGCCCGAACGCCGCUCCUUCUACCACAAGCUAGUGUAUUCUGGGGAAAUGAAGCCUGGAUAUGCUUGCGACAACGACGCAGGCAUCUUCUUUGAGGACUUCAGCGUCAAGAAUAUCUUGUCGGCGCGGCCAGAUGCCAAAGUGUACUACGUGAGUGUAGCGGAGGGCAAGUUGAGCGAGCUGGAGCUGCCAACCACGCACUACAUCAAGUAGUAAUCUUGUAGAAUAGCCAGAUAUAGUCUAUCGAAAGUGUAUAAACGAUCCAGACAAGUCAUGCCUGCCCUGUCAAC